AUGUCCACUGGUAGAUCCAAACAAGCCAUAUCUUUAGCUAGUGUACAUUCGCUUAACAAUAACGAAUCAAAUAAAAAACCUAUUGUGUGGAAAGACUUUGGAGUUUAUCUUGAUAAGAAAUUAGAUACGCAUUUGAAUCCAGAUAUUGGUGAUACUCUAGCAGCUUCAAGUUUAAUCAAUAAGUCGUCAACGGAUAAUUCUUAUUUGUCACAAGUCAUUAAGUACAAAGUUUGCAAAUCUUGUAACAGACCGAUUGGAGAUAAUAGUUUAGAGAGCCAUUUUUCAAAGUGUUCGGAAAUGAAGCAGAAGAAACAGCAACAAGAAGAAGAUUCAAGUUCCAGUAACUAUAACAAUAGCACCAAUAAACGGAAAAGAGGGAGAGGUGCAGCUAAUCCAUUAUUAGAUGUUGAACCUUCAUCGGCGGACUCGUCAAGAAAUACCACACCGAUUUCAGGUACACCGGUUUCCACAAACGGUGUAGCAAAACCCAAGAAGAAAUACAAAAAGUCACAGACCCAGAAGGAGAAGGAAGCUGCCAACGCAGCAGCGGCAGCGGCAGCAGCAGCUAAUUCUAAUGGUAGUUCCGUUCCGUCAUCAGCUGGUACUGGUAAUGGAGUUGGGAAGAAAAAGAAACAACCGAAACCUAAGAACCUGACUAAACCUAAGGGACCAGUUGAUGUUGAAAAACAAUGUGGUGUUCCAUUACCAUCUGGUGGAUACUGUGCAAGAUCCUUGACGUGUAAAACCCAUUCAAUGGGAGCCAAGAGAGCAGUCUUGGGCAGAAGUGCUCCAUAUGAUGUCUUGUUACAGCAAUAUCAGAAACGGAACCAAGCCAAGUUGGCAGCAAAUAAUGCGCUUGCAGUUCAAAGAAGGGAAAAUGCAGCAUUUAACGGUGGAAACGAAAAUGAUGAAGACGGUAUGGCAUCCAAUGGCAUGUACAAUAAGGUAUUGGAUGCUGAUGAAGAAACACAUCUUGUGUUGGAGGGUGUUUCGAAAAAUUAUCCUAUACCAUUAGAAAGAAAAGUUAUGUUGCCUACCAGAAACCGUCAUAAAUUCUUGUAUAUGAGAGAAGCAUAUGCUAAUGCAUUAAUUAAUACUGGUAAUAACAAUACUACAAAUAACAGCUCCGCCAGUAAUUCUUCAAAUGAUCUGACAUUAGCAAACCAAGCCAUUUCAGGAUCUAUGGGCGGACUUCAAGGUCGUUGUGCUUUAGUGAACGUCGACCAAGGCACAAGUAAUGGGGAUUCCUUGACCCAGAACAUUUCGUCCAUUGUCGGAGAAAUGUAUCUGGUAAGAGCACCGCUGAAAGCAAUUUUGCUUACUUCCCAGCAUAAUACAAUGCAGCAACAAUUGUUCCAACAACAAAUAAUAAAAUUGCAACAACAACAAAUGAUGCUUAUGAAGCAGCGUCAAGCUAGAGCGCAACAACAACAGCAACAACAGCAGACCUGA